CGCACUUGGAGCGUUUUAAGGAAGUUAGUCGAAAGGGAGAGACAGAAACCCACCCAAGGGAAAGUUCGAAAUUAUUGUUUAUCUUCGGGAGGGAAGACAGCUCGUUCAAAAUGUCUGCAUUUGUCAACAAUCCCUUUGUUGACCCGGUGGAGGUCAAUCCUUUCCAGGAUCCUGCAGUGACCCAAGUAACCAGCACAGGCGUAGACCAUGUUGAGGAAUUCAAUCCCUUCUCUGACACCAACACAGGGGACCUCCAUGACGUAACCACAAUUCCUGCUACCACCACGCCCUCCUCCCAGCCUGCUGUGCUGCAGCCAUCAGUGGAGCCCAGUCCACAGGCCACAGCCGCCGCUGCUCAGGCCAACCUGCUGAAGCAGCAGGAGGAGCUGGAGAAGAAGGCCGCUGAGCUGGACCGCAAAGAGCGCGAACUUCAGAGCAGGGGAGCGGCCACAGGAAAAGAAAAUAAUUGGCCUCCACUUCCAAAGAGCUUUCCGAUUAAGCCUUGCUUCUACCAGGACUUCACUGAAGAAAUCCCCCUCGAGUACCAGAAGGUUUCCAAGAUGAUGUACUACCUAUGGAUGUUGGAAUGUGUGACCCUGUUCCUGAAUGUCCUGGCUUGCCUGGCCCUUUUCACCGUGGCUUCAUCUUAUGGGACGGACUUUGGCCUGUCCAUCUUGUGGUUCAUCCUGUUCACCCCCUGCUCAUUCAUGUGUUGGUACAGACCUGUCUACAAAGCGUUCAAGUCUGACAGUUCCUUCAAUUUCUUCUUCUUCUUCUUCGUCUUUUUCAUCCAAGUGGUGGUGUUCAUCAUCCAGAGCGUGGGCAUCCCAAAGUGGGGAAACAGUGGCUGGAUAGCUGCAGUCGCACUGAUCCCAACAAACAUUGCUGUCGCCGUGGUCAUGAUGGUGGUGGCUGGCCUCUUCACAAUCUGUGCCGUACUAUCCGUCAUCUUGCUCAAGAUGGUACACUCCAAGUACCGCCGGACAGGCGCCAGCUUCCAGAAGGCUCAGCAGGAGUUCUCUCAGGGUGUCGUCACUAACAGAAACUUCCAGAAUGCCGCGGCUGGCGCCGCCUCCUCCGCGGCCCAAGGAGCUUUCCAGAGGAACUAGAGAAACCACCACCCCCCCCCCAAUUCCUCCAACCCUGACCCCCGCAUUUGACUGAUCACUCUUUCCCUCCCUCGUGACCAUGCGCCAUCCUGGAUCUCCAGUCUGUUCAUCACUGAGCAGCGCUCCAGUCACUUUGACCAGGUUUGAGUUUAAAAGUAAAUCAAUAAAUAAGAGCUGUGGUCAAUUAAUUGGCAGAGGCACUGAACCUGAAGCGGUGAAAAUACCUUUUCUGUAAGCUGGUUGCAAUGGGCUGCAGUAAGUGCAGGUACAGUACCCUGAGGGUGUGUUUAUUUUUGAAGUUUUCAUUUUUAUCUUAAUUAUGUAAUAUAGAGGAAAUGAAGGUUUAUGUUUAUUCUUUUCCCCCCCCUCCUUUGUAUUUUCCUUUGGCAAUAUUCCAACAUUUCUCUCCUCAGUAACUAGUCUUUAAGUUACGUUGGAAAUGGAACUGAGUUUUGACAGUGAGUGUUAUAAAAAGGAGACUAUUUAGCUUGAAAGACGUUGAUAUUGGUAAAGAAUAGAAAGUGUUUACAACCUGCUCUGAAUGCAUGUUACCCUUUUUAUUUUCCAAUAUCAGAUCACACAGUUACAAGUGAAUUGAUGGGCCACCCUCUUUGCAAAUGGUUAAUAUAUUUUCUCUAUUUGUGAUAGUCCAUGGUGUGAAUUUGGGCAUCUUUGGCAUUCUUUUUAAACCUGUUUUAUGUCUGUGCUAUUGGGAUCUCGAUACUCUUUUGAUGGACUUCAAGAUCAUCUGUGGGUUUGAACCGGGGCAAUCGGUAUAUUUUCUCUUUGGGUUAUGGGCCUGGCAGCUGCACUGCACGGCUGUAGUGGCGGGAACAUGAGAGCCUGUCUCUCUAUUGUAACUCUUAAGUCUACCAGCUUUGGUAUUAGGAGCAGGAAAUCCUAACCAAGUCUGUAAGAUAUCUGCUGGGAGGGGGGGAGGGGAGAAGGGGGGGGGGUGCAUGAUGAACUGUCUAUCAAAAACCAACACGAGUAACGGUAAGAUAACCAAGCCUGUUAUCUUAGUCAAUUGCAUGUUAAUGUAUAGAACAAAAAAAAAAUUCACAAGUGGAGUAAAGACAAAGCCAGUAGAACUGGAUGAUCAAAUAAAUCAAGCUUUGCUUUGACUGUAUAAAUUUGUUUGAGGGGUUUAGUGCCUUUUCAAGAGAAAUUAAUAUAGAUUAAGGGUGUGAUAUAAUCAAUUUCAUCCGAGUACAUUUUCUCGGUGGGUGUACAGUGAUUCGUUUGGAGGGCCUGAUGUCCUUUUGAAAAAUCUAGGUGACCUGGAUAAGAUCCAUUAUAUCCACAUUUGACCUAAUUGUAAAUGUAUUUAUACCACUCCAUGAGCUACUUAAUUUAUAUUAGACUUUCAAUUCAAAAGUUAAAUAUUUGCUGAGCUCACUGUUUUUAACUUGCUGUUGCACCAUCACAAAAUACUGCAUAUUGAAUGUAUAUGGAAGUUUUUCUAUGUAUGGGGAGCAAAUCGGUUAUGUACAUUGAAUACUUUACUUACAGAUUAAAUUCAGUGUCAGCUCGAGAGUCUGUGGUGCCCUUGGCGAUAUCUUGAAAAUGGGCCCCAAAAUAUUCAAUAAUAAAAAUUUAAAAUAAAAACACCACUUGGGGCCGCUUGACCACGCAAGGGCCUAAUGGCCAGGCUGACUCUGAAUAUAAUCCUCGAUUCCAGUACUGUUGGCAUGGGUGCAUGAGAGAUUCUGGCCUUACUUGUGGAUUGAAACUUAUCUGCUUUACUUGUAUGAAUUUCAUUAUUUUGUGCAGAGUUGAUAUUUACUUGAUUUUGUAACAGCCUUUAGAAAUAUUUUGAAUGUCAAUUGGUACUUUUUGAUUUGGAACAUAUCUCAAUUUCAAUAAAUAUUCCUAAGGGAAAUAAUAUUGGUAAUAUAGAAAGUUUUUAGGUACACUAAGCCUCAUUAAAAGCAAGUGAUUUUAGGUCAAAUAAAACUAACAAAUGUUUAAGUUCUGAAAUGCUUUGUUUUUGCGAAAUUUCCUUUUGGAAAAAAAUCUGUCAAAUCAUCAUAGCGAUGGGAAGUUGCACAGUGCUGAUGACAAUUAUCAGUGGUAAUUAAGUAAAUAUUUACUGCUUGCUCAUUAAAUAUAAAAGUCAGUAAUUAACAAGCUUUUUUUUAUAAAAUUCCUGUUUUUCAAACCAUCCUUCCAAGAUCUGCUUUUACCCGUGUUUUCUUUACCUUAUUAUUGACUUCUCUUCAGUUGGAUUGUGUAUAUAUACAUCCCCAACACAUUCCAGGGUAAUUAUAUAUUAUAUGACUUGAUUUAUUGAACUAAAGAUUCCUGGAAAACUAAGAUUUGAAUAUGGUUGAGUGUUUUUGCUUUCCAGUUGACAAAAUCCUAUGCCGCAGAGCUUACAUUUGCUCCUUGCAUGUUGGUGUGUCACAUGGUGUACCAUCAAUCAACUGCCCCUAGCUUGCCUCCUUGAAUGCUUAAAAAUAAAUAGUGAUGUCUUGGAAUAGAAUAAUGUGAAUAAAUUAACAGUGUCGGUUGUGGCAUUAGUGCUAUCAGUGGGCAAUGAUCAGAACGGUUUCAUAAUUUUCAUCCCAGGUUAUGAACAUUGACAUCUGAAUGUAAUCUUUCAGUCGCAUAAGUGACAUGAUCACUUUAGGUGUAGUUUUGACUCAAGACAUUCUCGCAUAAUCUCAAAGCGUUGAUUGUUAAAAUUCAUUACUAUGAUUUAAUUGAUUGCUGUGCUGCCUUUAAAAGAAAAUUAUACUUGGGGGAAAUGAAGGAAGGAAGAGCACUCUUUAAAUUAGGCUAUGCACUUCUGUUUUAUGUUAUGUACUUUCCAAUGUACUGAUACUUUCACAAAAUAAUAAUUUGUUUUGCAAGGGGGUUUUCCCCAAACACAACUCGAACUUUCCAUUCAAUAUUGGUAUUUAAAUUGGCCAUCUUGAUUUCGACAGGAAUUCAUGGGAGUUAUGAAUGGAUACAUGUAAUGUUGUGUACAUUGACUUGGUUGUCUUUUCGGGGUGAAACUUGGAUAUUGGUAUUUCACCUUUCGAGCUGUAAAUUGUCUGUUUUUAAACGAUUUUCUAUUAAAUGUCAUGUAUACAAUUGUAAAUGUAACGGCUAAGAAAUAAACGUUUUUGGUGAAA